GAGAGCGGCGCCGUGGAGGAGGAGGAGGAGGAGGACAACAAUGAUGAGUGGCAUUUGAUCGGAAUUAUAACUCCAGUACAGCCUCUGGUUUCUGGGUUAAAGGAGCUUCCUGAUUCUGGUUUUAAUGAGGAACUGAGCUCCAUGUGUUUAAAAGACUAGACCACUUUCUGUCCUUGAAGAGUCCAGUGCAGCUCGGGCUCAGAUUCAGAUUCUGGUUUUUGAAGAGAAAGCUUUGGUUUUUAAACUGAAUCUGGAAUUUUUCCUUUUUCCUCUGAACGCUGCAGAUGCAGUUUCUCUGCUCUUUCUCAGUUUGAAGCAGCAGAACAGAUGAAAAUUCUCGACAGCCGGAUGCCAGACUUUCUGCAACAGACAUGAAGAACCUGGACCAGUACGGACGAAGUCACAUGGAGACUCACAUGGUUGAGGCUAGGCAGAAGAUUCCUCCUUCACACAAUAUCUAUGCAGCGGUGUCCAGCCUGGUGUUGGUUCUACUUGGCCUGUUGGGUUCGGCCCACAGUUGUCCUGGUGUUUGCACCUGCUACGGUAACACCACUGACUGCUCUGCCAUCGGCCUCCUCUCUCUGACCCCCAUCCUCUCGCUGCUGGACCAGGACUCUCUGGUACUCCGCCUACCCCAGAACAACCUCUCCUCUUUGGGCAAGACAGGGCUGUCCAACCUCAGCAGCCUGGAGCUCCUGGAUCUUUCCCAGAACCACCUUUCCUCCCUGCAGCCUGGAGCUUUCUCAAGCUUAAGCAGCCUUCGCUGGCUCAACCUCUCCACUAACUACCUCGGGGAAGCCCUGGUGUCAUCUGACCCCAACAAUAGCACAGAGGCCACACAGGGUUUGAAAGGAAGCCAGGCUGGUGUGGGCUUGAGCAAGGAGGUUUUCAAGGGGCUGUGGCGGUUGCGAGGUCUCGACCUGUCCUCCAAUGGCCUUCUUUGGCUGCCUAAAGGCCUACUGAAUGGGUUUCAGAGACUAACCUGGCUGUCCCUUGCCAGAAACCAGUUUGUGGCCCUCGACAGAGUCACCUUUGAGCCCGUGGUGGGUCUGCAGCAGCUCCAGCUGGCAGGAAACCCCUGGGAGUGCGACUGCAAGCUGAGGGACUUCAAGCACUGGAUGGAGUGGUUCAUUUUUAGGGAUGGUCAGGUAGAUGGCAUGCAGUGCAAUCUUCCAGGGGAUUUGAAGGGCAAGGACAUCCGCAGCGUGCCAGCAGAGAUGUUCAGCUACUGCCUGAAGAGUCCAACAAAGGAGGGCGGGUCAGGUUAUGCCAGCCGGCCUGCCUGCCCACCCGGCCGGAUCAGCAGUCAUGAGGAAUGUGUUCGGCAGCGUUACCGGCCUGUAAGUGUGCGCCGGGCACAUGGCACGCAAAUUGUUGCAGGAGUGGUUUGCGGUACGGUGUGUGUCAUGAUGGUGGUUGCGGCGACCUAUGGCUGCAUCUAUGCCUCGCUGAUGGCGAGAUACCAGAGGGAGAUUAAGAGCCGUGGGCAGCCUCUGAUGGCCGAGUGUGGAGCUGAGACUGACCUGGAGGAUGGACAAAUAUCCCCCCUGAACUCACCCGAGGAGAUACCACCCAAAGAGGGCUGUGGCAUUGUGCACGGGUAUCGAAUCAGCAGCUUUUGAAAUAGUUUUCUUUUUCCUGAUUAUUAAUCCUACCUGGACAUUUUGCUCCUCUGCUCCGGAAACUCCCAUCACUGAUGAGACGAUGACAGGAGAGAGAAACCCUGCAGCUCUGCAAUUGUGCUGAAAAUCUGUGGCUGGGACCGAUUUCUACACUAAUGGACCAGACUAGAUUCAGUGAAACGGGAAUGUUGCAGCACUUCCUUUAAUGUAUGGAUGCUCUGUGAAUUGUUAUUCCCAACGCCGCAUCUCUCAGCCAGCUCGGAACUCCUCUCAAGCUGCUGUUUUUGCACUUCUGAACCUUAUCUUCAUCUAUGUUUUUGUUUCUUUCUUAGGAGUAUGAAACAACAAUUUUUGUUUGAACCGUCUCUCUGUAUCUGAGUCCGACAAGCACAAGUCCAAAAAGCUCAGUACAAAUGUCUGUGAAGCCCUGAAAUGAAUCCUCAAUUAGUUGAGUUUAUUUUAAUUUGUUAACAUCACCCAUUUAAAAACUCAUUAUUUGUACCUCUGUUAGGUGGAUACCCUGUGGAACACUUAACUUUACAGUAUAUCAGAAUCCUGCUUCUGUUAAGGAGAUUCUGCUCUGAACUUCACCUCUGAGAUUAACUGCAUCCCAACAGAUACUGGAGCAGUACUGCCUCCUAGUGGGAAAACCUUGAGCUACAACAGUUUGGAAUCCAGCACACACAAACUCACAAGCUCGAUGACUCCAACAGUUGUAUUCCCACCACAGCAAAUUAUGAGACUCUGGCGGAGAAUAUCUGAGAAUGUCCGCCCACAUAUAUGCUGUAACUUAUGUGUUAUUUAGUUUGUCCAUAUUUUCUGUGAUAGUUCAGAUUUAACUCAAGGACUGUUAAUGAAGCUGAAGAUAAUAAACUCUAUAUUUAACUAAA